UAGCGGGGAGUGGGGGGCGAGGCGGGGCCAGGCUGCGCGUGGGGCUGGGUGUCCCAUUGAAAAGGCGGCCGCACUCCGGCCGCCCGGCACUCGCUCCUUUUCCGGCCAGGGAACGUGGAAGGCUCGCCGACGGGAAGCCAGCCGGGGAGGGCGAGGGGAAGAAGGAGGGAGAGAAGAGGGAGAGAAAAAAAAAAGAAGAAAGAAAGAUAGAAAGAAAGAAAGAAAGAAAGAAAGAAAGAAAGAAAGAAAGAAAGAAAGAAAGAAAGAAAGAAAGAAAGAAAGAAAGUAAGAAAGUGCAGGGGAGGACAAGACGGGGUUCACCAAAUAAUCCCAAACGCCGGAGCCGCGGCGGCCGAAGAACGAGAAGCCGGAGCGGGAGCGCGCAGUCUCGGGAGAGCAAGAAGCAGAGCAGAGACUCGGCGGAGCGCACACGCCUCUGACUUUCUUGCUUCUCGCAAUUUUUCCUCCCCUUUUCAAACAAGGAGCCGCCAGCAGCGGCCGCCUCACACGCGAGCGCCACGCGAGGCUGCCGGAGCAAAGCAGCCAAGGGAGGCGGGGAGGGAGGCGGGGAAGGAGGAGGACGAGCCUGAGCACCUUGCGCGCGCGCUCCCACCACCCAGACAAGGCUCCCGGGGGUCGAGGGGGUGUGAGGGUCCUUGCCUGUCUUUUUUUUUUUUUUGCAAACUUCCCUGGGAUCUCGGGCUCCGUCUGUCCCCCACCCCUACCGCUCUCGCCUCCCUGAGCACCUGUGUCACCCCAGAGUCCCCCACCCCCGGCCCGGAGCCCCCCUCUCGGCACCGCGCGCGCGCUCAUGGAGAGCUCGGCCAAGAUGGAGAGCGGCGGCCCGCAGCCCCAGCCGCCCUUCCUGCCCCCUGCCGCCUGCUUCUUCGCAGCCGCCGCGGUGCCCAGCGCGCCCCCGCCGCCGCCCCCGCCACCCGCGCCUCAGCUGAGCCCUGCGGCCGGCGCCCAGCCCUCAGGGGGCGGUCACAAGUCGGCGGCGACCAAGCAAGUCAAGCGGCCGCGCUCGUCGUCGCCAGAACUGAUGCGCUGCAAGCGGCGGCUCAACUUCAGCGGCUUCGGCUACAGCCUCCCGCAGCAGCAGCCUGCCGCCGUGGCCCGGCGCAACGAGCGAGAGCGCAACCGCGUCAAGUUGGUCAACCUGGGCUUUGCCACCCUGCGGGAGCACGUCCCCAACGGCGCGGCCAACAAGAAGAUGAGCAAGGUGGAGACGCUGCGCUCGGCCGUCGAGUACAUCCGCGCCCUGCAGCAGCUGCUGGACGAGCACGACGCGGUCAGCGCCGCUUUCCAGGCCGGCGUGCUCUCACCCACCAUCUCCCCAGGCUACUCCGCCGACAUGAACUCCAUGGCCGGCUCGCCGGUCUCCUCCUACUCUUCCGACGAGGGCUCCUAUGAUCCGCUCAGCCCCGAGGAGCAGGAGCUGCUGGAUUUCACCAACUGGUUCUAAGGGUUCCCCACCCACUCACCCCACGCACAUCCCACCCGGGCUUGGUCCCCGGUGGGACUCUGGAAGCAGGGGGCCCCACACAGCCCGCAUCUUUCAUAUUAUCUCAUCAAAGACGCUGGAAGGGAGAGAAAAAGAGGGAGGGAAUGCAGAAGAAAAAGAAGAAGAAGAAAUAAAAAGACAAGCCCUCCCCACCCUAAGGCUGACAAGCAAAGUUCUAAAAAAAAAAAAAAAAAAAAAAAAUCAACUGGAUUGCACUCAGAACAGAAUCUGCUGCGGCUCUCCAAGCAGCCUGACCAGAGUCUGAGGGCUUAGUGCAGCCAGAUGUGCAGUGGCCGCAGCCCCCAGUGGGCGGGAACAGCUACAGCCCACGGAACUGCGUCCCCCACAUACACACACACACACACACACCCGAACGCAGCCACUAGUCCUUUACAGGGGGUUUUGGGGUCUUCAGUCUCUGCAAACCCCCGCCCCGCCCCUCCCCUUCCUUCCUUCCUAGGCCUGCUGUGGACUUUUUCCCUGCAGUGCAAAUAGACAUCACCCAAUUCCUUGAAAUCCCCCCAACACGUGCUGGGGAGGAGCCCCCAAGCCCCACUCCCUCCCUCAAGCCGUCUUUUCUACUGUUUUCAUCAGAGAAGGCUUCCAAUCUUUUGUGAAUUUUUUAUUAUAAGAAAUUAUUUGUAUCUAUCCUAACCAGUUUGGGGAUAUAUUAAGAUAUUUUUGUACAUAAGAGAGAAAGAGAAGAGAGAGAGAAAUUUAUAGAGUUUUUGUACAAAUGGUUUAAAAUGUGUAUAUCUGGAGACUCUAACAUGUCAUGCUAUUACCUCUGCCUAUGCUAUAGAUGUGUUAGCUCACCUGGCAACCACCACUGUCCCAAGGUGGUUAUUUGGGAGAGAACCUCUUCAUAGGGGAGGUCAAAAAGGCCACCAGGAUGUCCUUCAGCACCAAUGUGUCUUACUUUCUAGCAACGCUGUUCAUGUAUUAAUGAUGGUAUUCUGUCCUGUUCAAGAAGAACAAAGUUCAUGCAGCUACUGUCCAAAAUCAACAUGGCAGCCAGUUGGUUUUGAUGGGUUGCCUUUGCGAGAACUUUCUAUCACUGCCCCCCUUCUCCCCACCCCUUACUGUUUUAUUACAAACUUACAAAAAUAUGUAUAACCCUGUUUUAUACAAGCUAGUUUCAUAAUAAAACUUUUUCUUUUCCUUUUAUUUUACAGAGGAAAAUAA